AUGAGUGGAACUGGGUUUUCUGAAGCUGCAAUGCGAGCAAAGCUUGCCAAAUUAACUAGUCAGCAAGAAUCAAUUCAAACCUUGUCUUUAUGGUUACUCCAUCAUCAGAGGAAGAGUGCUGAUGCGAUAACUCAUGUCUGGUUAAAAGAAAUCAAGAUGGAAACCAACGCCUCCCGUCUAGUUAAUCUAAUAUAUCUUGCCAAUGAUGUCAUCCAGAAUUCCCGUAAAAAGGCUCCAGAGUUUAUGGGGAAGUUCUUCCACGUUCUGGAACCCGCUUUCAAAUACUGUUCGAGAAUUCAAGCGACUGAGCUGGAGAGGGCUGUGCAGAAAGUAUUAAAAGUCUUUACGGAUCGACAGAUUUAUAGUUUAGAACAGUUAUCAAAGUUAGAAAAUGCCGCGCAUGGAAAGAAACAUUCUCACGUCCAAUCCACUAGUCAAAAUACAGUAACAGUAGAUCCACCUACGCUCUAUGAUCCUGAAGUGGUUACGAAAACAGUCGAAGAACUUAUAGAAUCGUUGCAUUUAAUGAAGAAUCCUGCUAGUUUGGACGAAAAUAUUAGGGGAAAGUUAGCAUGCUAUCCAGAAGCAGUAGGAACACCGUCUAUGCUUGAAUCGAUUAAAAAUGCGGAUGAGAUGAAAGAUUUAAUGAGACAUGUGGAUGAAGCUGAACCGCUUGCUAGGGAUUAUUGUAAAAGACUUGCUGAUGAAAUGAUGGAAAGGAGGAACUUGCAAAAACUUUUGGAUGCUAUGCUUGUUCAAGUGCGUGCUACUGUGGAUCAUCAAGAAACUGUUUUGAGAGAAGUGAAGCGAAAAGAAGAUCAAGUCAAAUCAGAUUUAACAGAGAUCCACAAAACUCUUGAAUCCUUACCUGAUCUCUCAGAUAUACCCGUAGAUACUCCUUUACCAUCUCUAGAAAAAUUGUUUGAAUCUAACCUGAAUUAG